AUGGACAGCCACUAUUACCGCGGAGCAGGCUAUCAUGUUAACGCAACGUCUCCAGUAUCGGCAGGAGACUACCUUGACUCCCCUACUUUCCUAGAGGCUCCGGAACUUGCUCGCCAGCCCUCCGAUAUCAGCUCCCGAGGUCCUCUUACACCAUCUUCAUACGGCUCUUCGCCUGGUAUGUCAUACUCAUACACGCAUAACAUGAGCCACUCUCCUGCGGGUGACUAUGGCGAUGGCUACGACGAGAGCUAUGGAGGAUACUAUGCAGACGAGUAUGCGAGUGCUGCGUCUUCAUCGGCACAACAAGCGUCUGAACCUUACUAUGGAAACGUAGACUGGUCGCAGUACGACUACGUUCCCACUGAAGACGGAGGCUACUGGCAGAUGAAACCACGAUAUGUUCCUGCAGGGCAGUAUCCAACAGUGAUACCCCAUCAAGGUGGCCAAGAGCAGCAAGAAGUCGUGGACUACAAAUUCCCCUGCCUCGAGGCGGGAUGCACAGCAAACCCGUUCAAGCGCAAGGCCGACCUCGAGAGACACUAUAGACAAGUCCACCAAGACCCCUCAAAGAAGGAAGCUCACAAGUGCGACUAUCCAAAGUGCUCGCGAAGAAGCGAACCAUUCGGACGACGGGACCACUUCAGAGAUCACCUGCGAGACUAUCACAACGAAGACAUUUUCAAGCGGGGCACCCACGUGGACGACAGCUGGCUCCAGGGACGCAAUCUCUCGUCGCGAUGGUGGCGGAAGAAGGCGGUAAAAGUUGACAGCGAAACGAAGCCCAGGUUCCGGAGUACAGGAGCCAGGGCCGUCGCCCGACACGACAUGCUGGCUUUUAGCGACCCGGCAAAACGUCUCUCUUUCUUUGGUGUGGCCCACUGA